UUUCGGAAGUUGAAAGGAGAUUGAUUUUUGACAAAAAGAUGGCUGAAGAAGAGAAUCCAGUAGAAGAAUUUGAAGAAAUCCACUUUCUGAAAGACCGGCAUGUUGUUUUUUUUCAGAGGUGUUUGCAAAUCUUACCGGAGAGAUACUCUUCGCUGGAAACCAGCAGGCUAACCAUUGUGUUCUUUGCACUUUCUGGCCUGGACGUGUUGAAUACCUUGGAUGUGGUGGAUAAGCCAAGCCUAAUAGAAUAUGUCUAUUCAUUACAAGUCCUUCCCACAGAAGAUAAGUCCAAUCUAGGACGCUGUGGAUUCAGAGGGUCUUCACAUCUGGGAAUUCCAUACAAUCCAUCUAAGAGUCCUGGAGUGAAUCACCCCUAUGACAGCGGCCAUAUUGCAAUGACCUAUACAGGUCUUGCUUGCCUAAUUAUCUUGGGAGAUGAUCUGAGUCGAGUGAAUAAAGAAGCAUGUUUGGCAGGACUAAAAGCACUCCAGCUGGAGGAUGGCAGUUUCUACGCUGUCCCAGAAGGAAGUGAGAAUGACAUGCGGUUUGUCUACUGUGCUGCCUGUAUAUGCUACAUGCUCAAUGACUGGUCAGGCAUGGAUAUCAAGAAAGCAGUAGAUUACAUCAGGAGAAGUAUGUCCUAUGACAAUGGUGUUUCACAAGGAGCAGGAUUGGAAUCACAUGGUGGAUCUACAUUCUGUGCCAUUGCUACCAUCUGUCUCAUGGGUAAACUUGAGGAGAUCUUCACAGAGAAAGAACUGAACAGGAUAAGAAGGUGGUGCAUUAUGAGGCAGCAAAAUGGUUUUCAUGGGCGGCCCAACAAACCUGUGGAUACAUGUUACUCCUUCUGGGUUGGAGCUACCCUUGAGCUCUUAGAAGUUUUCCAGUACACUAAUUUUCAAAAGAACCGGAACUACAUCUUGUCAACUCAGGAUCGGCUUGUUGGUGGAUUUGCAAAAUGGCCUGACAGCCAUCCAGAUGCGCUGCAUGCAUAUUUUGGGAUCUGUGCUCUGUCUCUGAUUGGCGAGUACAACCUGCGUAAAGUGCACCCUGCUUUGAAUGUAAGCAGAAGGGCUUUUGAACAUCUUCAGCACCUGCAUCAGACAUGGAGAGCACAGAACAGUAACCCCCAUACAGAAUCCUUGCCCAUCUGCACAUGACACUUCGAUGGACUAAUGAGAAUGAAAAAAUGAAAAUAAGAAAUGUAUUAGAGCAACAGUUUAAAAAGCCAUGUGUAACCAAGUGUGCAGUUCACUAGCAUUUGACUUUAUGUACCAAAUCAAUUAUUGUGAAUAAUAUCAGUGUUACAAGGGUUAGUGGGUGUUAUGUUCAUAAUUGCUUGUGAUUGAAAUUAAGGAGUGAACAUUACAAAUAACAUGUGUGCAACGUCUUUUAUAGAUUUAAUGAAAGUGUACUGUAGGUAAAAGUGGCCUUUUGGUGACCUGGCAAACUUAUACGAUUCAUGGUAUGGGUCUUUCAUGAUUUAAAGUUUUUAUGACCCAGGAAGAUAUAUUUUUUCAGGGUUCUUGACCUACAUAUUUUUUUUGUAAAUGUUUCUGGCAGUUUAAUUUUGAGUUAGUUUUCAGACUUUCUGCCUUCACACAUUUCUUAAAGCUUUUUAGUUGUUUAAACGUUUAUGUCAGAAAUACUUUGCCAAACAUUUUUCUUUUUUGCAAACCAAAAUAGGCUUAAAAACCUGAUCGUGUGAUCUGAAAAAAAAGAAAAACAAUCUCAGUCUUGGAAGUUUGUCCCAGAGUCAUACCUUAUUUAUUUUUGUAAGCAAGUUGAGGUCACACAGCAUAAUAAGCUGAUUAUGACUUCAAUCACUGAUACAAUAUUUCACUGAGGCACUUAUACUGGCUGUUUUUGAUUCCAGCUCUUCCUAAAAUAACCUAUGAUAACAAUAUAAAUGAUAUAUUUAAUGUUGUAUGUGCCUCAGCCAAAAAUAAUGACAUGCAUCUAUCCAAAGUAAAUCAUAAAGGGUCAGUCUGUAUUGCUGCUGUUAGGCAUUUAAACUUUAAACUCAGGCUUUAUCAGCUUUGACAUCUUUUAUAGUCAGUACAGAGUUCUAUUGUAUUAUUCUCACAAUAAAGUUUCAUUACAGGCAGUGUCCAGUGAACUAUCAGUACCACUGAAAGAAUAUCAAUGAUAUGAUUGUUUUCACAUUUCUAUUUUACUUAAUGGUUAUCAACUAUUUGAUCUAAUAUGACAUAUCCCCUUGUCCACAAAAAACUCCCAAUUGAAUUUGUGAAUUUCAGGAACUUUUUAAUAUAUUUAAAUAUUACAACCAAGAUCCCAUGUCUCAUGGGAAAAAAAGGAAAAAAGUCAAAAUGGGCUACAAAAAAGGAAAUGUGAGGUCAGAUGGUGUUCCCAUAGCAGCAGGCAUAAUCUUAAUGGAAUACAAGAUUCAAGGCACGGGUCAGAAGUAAAUGAACCAAUCCAUGCACAAGAAUGUGUGUACCACGUGAGGCUUAAAGUGGUUCAAAUGUGUUUAAAGUGCAAAAUAUGCUCUAAAUCCCACCUUUUGUACUUCAAUUUAAAUCCUAGCCCAAUGGACUUUGAGAAUUCCUUCAUGUUGGAUCUUGUUAUUUCAAUAAGCUGCAGGACCUGUACAUACUCUGCUUUUAUAAAUUUUAUCGCUUCCAUGUUUCUAAUAAAGCUUGUGUGGCCUUAC